AUGACACGGAUGGUGCUCGGUCACGGUCCGAUGAACAAUUUGAAGAGCAGAUGCGUUCAGCCCAAAACCACGCAGAAAAUUCCAGCCCUCGGCCAGGACAGGGAGAAGCGGUCGGGCGGGCAGGAGCAGAAUCCGACACGUCAGUACAUAAAUAGCGAAUUAUAUACACAAAGAACCGUCAACUUGGCCGAAGAAAAAGCUAUCAACACGAUGCGCUUAAGGACACAGAAGCUGACGCAUUUGAGGUUGAUCCCCAUUGCGGUGGUAACAAACCUACUGCUCGUUGGGACAUCCUACGGGGUCUGGGAUGUCUUCGAGGGGCAUGAUUCUGGGACGAUCAAACAGUGGACGAUCCUCGCUAUAACCAUCACGCUUUCGACCGCACUUUCAGCGACAAUUGAAGACGUCAACAUUGCGGAAUAUACUGCUGCUGCAGCUGCUAGACGAGAGCGAGACGAGGCACCUUCCAAUUCUGUCGAGAACGACGUCGGUGUACUACAGCAAGGGGGGUGCUCUACCUCAUAUUCGGCGUUUAACAAGAGAAUGACAUUGAUCGCCCGUCACGGAAUACUUUUUAUCGGAAGGCUGCUCUUUGGAUUUAUCACAGUAGCUAUUGGAAGCCUAUGGACGUGGGCAAGAUGAGAGAAUCUGAAGAAGGGGAUUUGGAUUUAGUAUCUGAUUGAUGUGCUUGUGCACAUCACUGCAGUCAUUGUCAUUUUCAGCUAUGCGAAUACUUUUCCUCUGUUGUGCUAUCUGCAAAUGUCUUCACUUCACAUUCACCGCCGUACAUGCGCGACGUAUCAGAGAUGCCUUGCUACUUGUUCGCGGAAAUAAUGAUGUAGUUGUUUGUGAAUACAACAAUUCGUCUACGACUACGACUUACCAUUACAUUAUUGAACUGCCACGCCUAUGUCACCUGCUGUUGUCCGUUGUAUUAGAGAUGUAUACUAUAAUAGAAAACAGAUUGUGAUUGAUUUCCGAUUGCUUCGU